AUUUUUUGCUCUUUGUUGGGUCUGACACGGAAUAGUGGCACUUCCUUCUGGGCUAGAUUAUUUUUAUCUGGAACUGGUGUCAGUUCUUGAGAUGAUACUACCACUGAAUGUCUGUGUUUCAUUGUCUAGUACAACCUGUAUUGUGGAUAUCCACUAGGUUCCGGCAAUAGUUUUGCAGGUGCAUCAGAUCUUUGUUUUUGUUUGGGGAGGAAAAGGGAAGGCACGGCAGCCAAGCUUCAUAUUCUUACAAGUGCAUGCUUAAAGAUUACUGUACUUACAGUGUUUCCAACAUCAUCUCAUAAAAGGAGAAAGCUUCAUAGUUCAACCAUGAAGGAAACCAGUCGCUUAGGGCAUGGAGCUGGAGAACUAUGAACAGCCUGUGGUGCUGAGAGAGGACAACCGCCGCAGGCGCCGGAGGAUGAAGCCGCGCAGCGCUGCGGCCAGCCUGUCCUCAAUGGAGCUCAUCCCCAUCGAGUUCGUGCUGCCCACCAGCCAGCGCAGCUGCAAGAGCCCCGAAACGGCGCUGCUACACGUGGCGGGCCACGGCAACGUGGAGCAGAUGAAGGCCCAGGUGUGGCUGCGCGCGCUGGAGACCAGCGUGGCGGCGGACUUCUACCACCGGCUGGGCCCGGACCACUUCCUCCUGCUCUACCAGAAGAAGGGGCAGUGGUACGAGAUCUACGACAAGUACCAGGUGGUGCAGACUCUGGACUGCCUGCGCUACUGGAAGGCCAUGCACCGGAGCCCGGGCCAGAUCCACCUGGUGCAGCGGCGUGCGCCCUCCGAGGAGUCGCAGGCCUUCCAGCGGCAGCUCACCGCGCUGAUUGGCUAUGACGUCACCGACGUCAGCAACGUGCACGACGACGAGCUGGAGUUCACGCGCCGCGGCCUGGUGACCCCGCGCAUGGCGGAGGUGGCCAGCCGCGACCCCAGGCUCUACGCCAUGCACCCCUGGGUGACGUCCAAGCCCCUCCCGGAGUACCUGUGGAAGAAGAUUGCCAACAACUGCAUCUUCAUCGUCAUUCACCGCAGCACCACCAGCCAGACCAUCAAGGUAUCGGCCGACGACACCCCCGGCACCAUCCUGCAGAGCUUCUUCACCAAGAUGGCCAAGAAGAAAUAUCUGAUGGAUAUCCCCGAAAGCCAAAGCGAACAGGAUUUUGUGCUGCGCGUCUGUGGCCGCGAUGAGUACCUGGUGGGCGAAACGCCCAUCAAAAACUUCCAGUGGGUGAGGCACUGCCUCAAGAACGGAGAAGAGAUUCACCUGGUGCUGGACACGCCUCCGGAUCCGGCCCUAGACGAGGUGAGGAAGGAAGAGUGGCCGCUGGUGGACGACUGCACGGGAGUCACUGGCUACCAUGAGCAGCUGACCAUCCACGGCAAGGACCAUGAGAGUGUGUUCACUGUGUCCCUGUGGGACUGUGACCGCAAGUUCAGGGUGAAGAUUAGAGGCAUUGAUAUCCCGGUCCUGCCGCGGAACACCGACCUCACGGUUUUUGUAGAGGCAAACAUCCAACAUGGACAGCAAGUCCUUUGCCAAAGGAGAACCAGCCCCAAACCCUUCACAGAGGAGGUGCUCUGGAAUGUGUGGCUUGAGUUCAGUAUCAAAAUCAAAGACUUGCCCAAAGGCGCUCUACUGAACCUCCAGAUCUACUGCGGCAAAGCUCCAGCACUGUCCAGCAAGGCCCCUGCGGAGUCCCCCAGUUCUGAGUCCAAGGGCAAAGCUCAGCUUCUCUAUUAUGUGAACCUGCUGCUAAUAGACCACCGGUUCCUCCUGCGCCGUGGAGAAUACGUCCUCCACAUGUGGCAGAUAUCCGGGAAGGGAGAAGAUCAAGGAAGCUUCAAUGCUGACAAACUCACAUCUGCAACCAACCCAGACAAGGAGAACUCAAUGUCCAUCUCCAUUCUUCUGGAUAAUUACUGCUACCCAAUAGCCCUGCCUAAGCAUCAGCCCACCCCUGACCCGGAAGGUGACCGGGUUCGAGCAGAAAUGCCCAACCAGCUUCGCAAGCAAUUGGAGGCAAUCAUAGCCACUGAUCCACUUAACCCUCUCACAGCAGAGGACAAAGAAUUGCUCUGGCACUUUAGAUAUGAAAGCCUUAAGCACCCAAAAGCAUAUCCUAAGCUAUUUAGCUCAGUGAAAUGGGGACAGCAAGAAAUUGUGGCCAAAACAUACCAAUUGUUGGCCAGAAGGGAAGUCUGGGAUCAAAGUGCUUUGGAUGUUGGCUUAACAAUGCAACUCCUGGACUGCAAUUUCUCAGAUGAAAAUGUAAGAGCCAUUGCAGUUCAGAAACUGGAGAGUCUGGAGGACGAUGAUGUUCUGCAUUACCUUCUACAGCUGGUCCAGGCUGUGAAAUUUGAACCAUACCAUGAUAGUGCCCUUGCCAGAUUUCUGCUGAAGCGUGGUUUAAGAAACAAAAGAAUCGGUCACUUUUUGUUUUGGUUCUUGAGAAGUGAGAUAGCCCAGUCCAGACACUAUCAGCAGAGAUUCGCCGUGAUCCUGGAAGCCUACCUGAGGGGCUGUGGUACAGCCAUGCUUCAUGACUUUACCCAACAAGUUCAAGUAAUUGAGACGUUACAAAAAGUCACCCUUGAUAUUAAAUCGCUCUCUGCUGAAAAAUAUGACGUCAGUUCCCAAGUUAUUGCACAACUUAAACAAAAGCUUGAAAACCUGCAGAAUUCUCAUCUCCCCAAAAGCUUUAGAGUUCCCUAUGAUCCUGGACUGAAAGCAGGAGCACUGGCAAUUGAAAAAUGCAAAGUAAUGGCUUCCAAGAAAAAACCACUGUGGCUUGAGUUUAAAUGUGCUGAUCCUACAGCCCUAUCAAAGGAAACAAUUGGAAUUAUCUUUAAGCAUGGUGAUGAUCUGCGCCAAGACAUGCUUAUUUUACAGAUUCUGCGAAUCAUGGAGUCCAUUUGGGAGACUGAAUCUUUGGAUCUGUGCCUCCUGCCAUAUGGUUGCAUUUCAACUGGUGACAAAAUAGGAAUGAUCGAGAUUGUGAAAGACGCCACGACAAUUGCCAAAAUUCAGCAAAGCACGGUUGGCAACACGGGAGCGUUUAAAGAUGAAGUCCUGAAUCACUGGCUCAAAGAAAAAUCCCCUACUGAAGACAAGUUUCAGGCAGCGGUGGAGAGAUUUGUUUAUUCCUGUGCAGGCUAUUGUGUGGCCACCUUUGUUCUUGGAAUAGGCGACAGACACAAUGACAAUAUUAUGAUCACAGAGACAGGAAACCUAUUUCAUAUUGACUUCGGGCACAUUCUUGGGAAUUACAAAAGUUUCCUGGGCAUUAAUAAAGAGAGAGUACCAUUUGUGCUAACCCCUGACUUCCUCUUCGUGAUGGGAACUUCUGGAAAGAAGACAAGCCAACACUUCCAGAAAUUUCAGGACAUCUGUGUUAAGGCUUAUCUAGCCCUUCGUCAUCACACAAACCUACUGAUCAUCCUGUUCUCCAUGAUGCUGAUGACAGGAAUGCCCCAGUUAACAAGCAAAGAAGACAUUGAAUAUAUCCGGGAUGCUCUCACAGUGGGCAAAAAUGAGGAGGAUGCUAAAAAGUAUUUUCUUGAUCAGAUCGAAGUUUGCAGAGACAAAGGAUGGACUGUGCAAUUUAAUUGGUUUCUACAUCUUGUUCUUGGCAUCAAACAAGGAGAGAAACAUUCAGCCUAAUACUUUAGGCUAGAAUUAAAAACAAAUUCGUGUCCUAUGGUUUAAAUUAGCAUAUCAGUCAUCAAACUUGGAUUGAAAAUGCAGUAGACAUUGUGAAAGCUGGCAUUUCAGAAGUAUAGCUUUUUUCUUAGCUAAAGUCUUCCCUGGAGAAAAAAAUAAUAUUGGCAUUCCUGAUUGUUUGGUUAAGUAAUGUUCAGUACUAGGGUUAUUUGCAGGUUUGUUUUUCCUCAUUUGUCUGUGGCAUUGGAGAAUAUUCUCAGUUUAAACAGACUACUGACUUCCUUAUUGUCCCUGAUAUUUUUACUAUCUUACUGUCGAGUGCUCCUUGAAAUUCUUUGGAAUAAUUGGUGACAUCUAUUUUUAUCUGGGUUUACUCUCAAUUUUGGUUAUCUUUCUGUUCCUCAAGCUCUUUAAAGAGAAAGAUGUAAUCAUUGUAACCUUUAUUUCAUUCCUUAAAUGAUGCUUCCAAACAUCCCCUUAGUGUCUGCACGUGUUAGUGGUGUGCUAAAAGCUAGGAAGGCAAGUUAGUCUUUUCAGUGUCUUUUGCAGUUAAAUUCUUUUGUUGUGUACACCUGAGACACACGAACAUAACGGGAAAUCUCAACUGUUGUGCCUUGAUCUUACUCUGCUGGUCUGGUUCCAGGGUUAUGAAUAUGAAAAAAUAGAGAUGAGACCUUUUGUGUCAGUUCUGUCCACAAGAGUGAGUUAUCCCUUACAAUUAGUAUAGCUUUCUCCAGCAUGGCACCAGGCAGUAACUGCAGGGCCUCUUUUAUGCCUGUACAUUUCUUCCUUUCCUUUGUCCCUGCCUCUCUUUUUCAUCAAUUGUGAUGCUCCCAUAGCUCUUUACAGGCUUGUGAAAUAUUCAAGAAGAGUUUUACCCUAGAACUCAAAAAUUAGUUGAAAAAGAAUUACUUCUCAAGAAUUAUUAGAUUCUUAGGUACUUAUUUGUAAAGAUGUUUAGUGACUUUUUAAGAAGUGUCUUACUAAAGGAAGCAUUCUAGAAAAUAUGAAUUAGCUUCCAAAUGCCUUAAUUUUAAUCUUUGGCCUUAACAGUUAUUUUUUUUAAUGGAAGAAGAUAUUUAAUAUCUUUAAAAUAUUCCAAGUUAGGAAGACACUAACUUGCCUUAUCCAUUUCCCAUUUAAAGGACUUUUAAACUUUGACACAUCCUUCAGAUUUCCUAAAAAUAAUUGAAAUAUCUUACUUUAAAAAUAUUUUUAUCUCUUAAAUGUCUUGUUAUUUAUUGAAGGUAUUGUUCAACCUUAGAGAGAGAGACCAUUAAAUUAUUUAUAAAAUACUUUGUAAUUAACUGUAAUUAAUACAUUACAUAGAAGAAACUAUGUUAGCAGUGUCUAUGUUUAAGUAUAAUCAGAUAUAAAUAUAUACCUAAUUUUUAAAUUUUCAAAAUAGAUACCUGUUUGACUUUGAGGUAAUCCAGAUUUUUUUAUUUUUAAAUGUGUGCAAAAUCUCAGUGGUUGCUAAGCCUGGCUGCAAAGAAGAAUCAACAGGGACACUUUUUAAAAACACCCUUAUCAGCUGGCGCAACACAGUGAGACCCCCAUCUCUUUUAAAAAAUUAUCCAGGUGUAGUGGUGUGUGCCUGUAGUCCCAGGUACUCGGGAGGCUGAGGCAGGAGGAUUACUUGAGCCCAGGAGGUUGAGGCUGCAGUGAGUCAUGAUCAUGCUCCUACACUCCAGCCUGGGUGAUAGAGUGAGACCCUGUCUCAAGAAAUAAAAAUAAAAACACCCUUCCCUGAGUUCCAUUCCCAGGUUAUAAUUUAACUACUGUGGGAUGAAGCCCAGAUGUCAAUAUUUUCUAGAUACUUUAGGUGAUUCUAAUUCACAGCCAGAGUUGGAAGCCCUGUGUGGCCUUUGAAGGUCUAGGCGACUCUUCUUCCUUGCCCUUUGGGCUUUUCCCUGUCUCACAGGUAUCUAGAAAAAAACUCCUCCUCUUUGGCAACCUGUCCUUUUAAAAUCACACUCUACCCACCUGUACAGAGGACCAUGCCCUAUCAUGAAAUGUUUAUUCCUCUCUAUAAAUGGAGGAUAGACAUUUUGUGGCACUUCUGGACCAACUAUUCCCUACCAUUCUUUUGAAGAAAGGCAGGAAGAGUGCUUUCUAAUUCAGAAGACAGUGUUUUCACUAUUCUGAUAAGCAAUAGCCAAGCUCAGACCUUGUACAGAUUCUUCUUUUUAUUUGAAUUGCUGAAAUAAGUUCUUGAUGAUGCAAAAAAUAGAUUAGAGAGGAAUAUAUUUAUAUUUAUCUUAAUGGCACCUGUAAUUACCUGUAGUUAAUCUCAGUGGUUCCUAAGCCUGGCUGCAAAGAAGAAUCAACUGGGACACUUUUUUUAAAAAAAACACCCUUAUCAGCUGGGGCAACACAGUGAGACCAUCUCUAAAAAAAA